AUGGCGAACAGCGACUUCGAAAAGGAUCCGGGUUAUCAGUAUCUGGGCAUAUCGCGUGAAGCAAGAGCCGAAUCGGCGAAUCGUCCAUUCGAUUCAAAGAAGAACGUAUGGGUUCCAGAUCCGGAAGAUGGGUUCGUCGCAGCUGAAAUCCAAUCUGUACAAGGUGAUCAAGUCACUGUGAUCACUGCCAAGGGAAAUUCGGUGACCAUAAAGAAAGAUGAAGCGCAAGAAAUGAAUCCUCCGAAAUUCGAUAAAACCGAAGACAUGGCGAAUUUGACGUUCUUGAACGAAGCUUCUGUAUUGGCAAAUCUUAAGGAUCGAUACAGGGAUAUGAUGAUCUACACAUACUCCGGCCUGUUCUGUGUCGUAAUUAAUCCGUACAAGCGUCUGCCUAUCUAUACGGAGUCGGUGAUCAAGUUCUACAUGGGCAAGAGAAGAAACGAGAUGCCACCGCAUCUCUUCGCCACUUCUGACGAGGCCUACAGAAACAUGGUGCAAGAUCGUGAGAACCAGUCUAUGUUAAUUACUGGAGAAUCUGGAGCCGGAAAGACAGAAAAUACUAAAAAGGUAAUCUCAUACUUCGCUAUUGUUGGUUCAACUCAACAAGCAGCUUCCAAACAGGAAGGAGGAAAAGGAGGAACUCUUGAGGAGCAGAUUGUGCAGACCAAUCCUGUGCUGGAGGCAUUCGGAAAUGCGAAAACUGUUCGUAACAACAACUCGUCUCGUUUCGGUAAAUUUAUCCGAACCCACUUCUCAGCUCAAGGAAAGCUUGCUGGAGGAGACAUUGAACACUAUUUACUGGAAAAGUCUCGAGUGGUUCGCCAAGCGCCUGGUGAACGCAGUUACCAUAUUUUCUACCAGAUCAUGUCCGGAUAUGAUCCCAAACUUCGCGGUCUCCUGAAGCUCAACAAUGACCUCAAAUACUAUCACUUCUGUUCGCAAGCUGAGUUGACGAUUGAUGGAGUCAAUGACAAAGAGGAGAUGGGUCUAACACAGGAGGCAUUCGACAUCAUGGGUUUUGAAGACGAUGAAGUCAUGGAUCUAUACAAAAGCUGCGCCGCUAUCCUGCACAUGGGAGAAAUGAAAUUCAAGCAGAGACCAAGAGAAGAGCAAGCAGAACCCGAUGGCGAUGAAGAUGCACAGAACGUUGCUCACAAUCUUGGUGUAAACCAUGAGGAGUUCCUGAAGGCACUCACGAAACCUCGCGUACGCGUCGGCACUGAGUGGGUGAAUAAGGGUCAAAAUCUUGAACAGGUUCACUGGGCAGUCGCUGGUCUCGGCAAGGCCAUCUACGCUCGUAUGUUCAAGUGGCUUAUUAGCAGAUGCAACAAAACACUUGAUGCGAAACAGAUCGAACGACGCUAUUUCAUUGGUGUGCUCGAUAUCGCUGGAUUCGAGAUAUUCGAUUUCAAUUCAUUCGAACAGCUUUGGAUCAACUUCGUAAAUGAACGUCUACAACAGUUCUUCAAUCAUCACAUGUUCGUACUUGAACAGGAGGAGUAUAAACGCGAGGGCAUACAGUGGACCUUCAUUGAUUUCGGCCUCGAUUUACAAGCAUGUAUUGAGCUGAUUGAGAAGCCGCUGGGUCUGAUAUCAAUGCUGGAUGAGGAAUGCAUCGUUCCCAAAGCUACUGAUAUGACCUACGUACAGAAACUAAAUGAUCAACAUCUCGGCAAACAUCCCAACUUCCAAAAGCCCAAGCCGCCGAAGGGCAAGCAGGCUGAAGCUCAUUUCGCUGUUGUUCACUAUGCUGGAACUGUACGGUAUAACGCUACUAACUUCCUUGAGAAGAACAAGGAUCCCCUGAAUGAUUCGGCUGUAGCGCUGCUAAAGACACAUUCCCACGGAUGUAAGCUUAUGCUCGAUAUAUGGGCAGACUAUCAAACACAGGAAGAGGCUGCCGAGGCAGCAAAGAGUGGAACAGGCGGCGGAAAAAAGAAGGCAAGUCAUUCAGGCAAAUCGUCCUCGUUCAUGACAGUAUCCAUGAUUUAUCGCGAAUCGCUAAACAAUCUAAUGAACAUGCUCUACCAGACUCAUCCUCAUUUCAUUCGUUGUAUCAUUCCCAAUGAGAAAAAGCAAUCCGGUCUCAUUGAUUCUGCUCUCGUGCUUAACCAGUUAACCUGUAAUGGUGUGCUCGAAGGUAUUCGAAUUUGCAGAAAAGGGUUCCCUAACAGAAUGCUAUAUGAUGACUUCAGGCACAGGUACGCUGUACUAGCCGCUGAUGUGGCUAAGAAUGAAGACACGAAAACGGCAUCGGUUGCGAUCACCGACAAAUUGGUCGCCGAGGGUAACUUGAAAGAUGAGGAAUUCAAGAUCGGAAACACUAAGGCAUGGCUUGUUCUGUUGCAGGUGUUCUUCAAAGCCGGUAUUCUUGCCAGACUUGAAGAUUUGCGUGAUGACAUUCUCAGAGUGAUUAUGACCAACUUCCAGAGCCGAAUCAGGUGGUAUCUCGGACAGACCGACCUUAGAAGGAGAAAACAACAACAAGCCGGACUGCUCAUUGUGCAGCGCAAUGUACGAUCUUGGUGCACACUUCGUACCUGGGAAUGGUUCAAACUCUACGGAAAGGUCAAGCCAUUACUCAAAGCUGGAAAGGAAGCCGAGGAGAUGGGAAUAUUGUCCGAAAAGAUCAAAGAACUUGAGGCAGCUAUCACCAAAGGUGAUGAAACAAGAAAGCAGCUUGAAACUCAGGUAGCAGGACUAGUUGAAGAGAAGAACGCCCUGUUCCUCAAUCUAGAAAAGGAGAAGGCGAAUCUUCAAGACGCUGAAGAGCGCAAUCAGAAACUCAGCGCUCUUAAAGCCGAUCUCGAUAAACAACUCGCUGAAGUUCAGGAUCGCCUUGCUGACAUGGAAGACCGUAACAACGACCUGAACAGACAAAAGAAGAAGUACGAACAGGAGAUCGCCGAACACAAGAAGCACGCGCAAGAUCUCGAACUAUCGUUGAAGAAAGCAGAGAGCGAGAAACAGGCACGUGAUCACAAUAUCCGUUCCCUUCAAGACGAAAUGGCCAACCAAGACGAAGCUGUUGCUCGCUUGAACAAAGAGAAGAAACACCAGGAGGAGGUGAACCGAAAAUUGAUGGAAGACCUUCAAGCCGAGGAAGACCGCGUGAAUCACAUGGAGAAGGUGCGAGCGAAACUCGAGCAGCAAUUGGACGAUCUGGAAGACUCUAUGGAUCGCGAGAAGCGAGCUCGCCAAGACCUCGAAAAGGCUAAGCGCAAAGUUGAAGGAGAACUAAAGGUUGCGCAAGAGAACAUUGACGAGAUCACCAAACAGAAGCACGAUGUUGAACAGAACAUGAAGAAGAAGGAAGCAGAACUUCAUCAACUCUCAACGCGCCUUGAAGAAGAGCAGUCGCUUGUCGCCAAACUGCAACGCCAAAUCAAAGAACUGCAGGCUCGCAUUGCCGAGCUUGAGGAGGAGCUCGAGAACGAGCGCCAGAGCCGCGCUAAAGCUGAUCGAUCUCGCUCUGAGCUGCAACGCGAGCUUGAAGAGAUCAGCGAACGACUUGAAGAACAAGGCGGUGCCACUGCAGCCCAACUAGAGGCAAACAAGAAACGAGAAGCCGAACUCGCGAAGCUACGACGUGACCUGGAGGAAGCGAACAUGAAUCACGAAACGGCUCUCGCGUCACUUCGUAAGAAGCAUCACGACGCGGUUGCCGAGCUUACUGAUCAACUUGAGCAGCUGCAAAAACUCAAAGUUAAGGCAGACAAGGAAAAAGCACAGCUUCAACGAGAACUGGAGGAAGUUUCGGCAUCUGUCGACAGUGAAGUACGUUCACGUCAAGACCUGGAAAAGCAGCUUAAAGUGGUGGAAGUGCAAUAUGCCGAGGCUCAGACGAAAGCCGACGAGCAAUCUCGGCAACUUAACGACUUCGCUUCUCUUAAGAACCGACUCCACAAUGAGAAUGGAGAACUUGGACGUCAAUUAGAAGAUAUGGAAAAUCAACUGAAUAACCUGCACCGUUUGAAGUCACAGUUGGCGAGUCAACUAGAGGAGACAAAGCGCAGUUAUGACGAGGAAGCUCGUGAACGCCAGGCUUUGGCUGCCCAAGUGAAGAACUUCGAGCAUGAAAACGAUAGCCUUCGAGACCAACUUGACACAGAAUCCGAAGCUAAGGCCGAGCUCCUUCGACAAAUCAGCAAACAAAAUGCCGAGAUUCAGCAAUGGAAAGCACGAUUCGAAAGCGAAGGUCUCGCGAAACUCGACGAAAUCGAGGAUGCCAAGCGUAAGCUGCAAGGGAAGGUCCAGGAACUGACCGAAGCGAACGAGCUGGCAUUUGCGAAGAUUGGUUCGCUCGAAAAGACCCGCCACAAACUAAUGCAAGACCUCGAUGACGCACAGGUAGAUGUUGAACGUGCUGCGUCAUACGCUGCUGCCCUAGAGAAAAAGCAAAAAGGUUUUGACAAAAUUAUUGACGAAUGGAGAAAGAAGCAUGAUGACCUAGCCGCUGAACUUGACGCUGCCCAAAGGGAUAACCGCAACCUGUCUACAGAUCUUUUCCGGGCGAAGACAGCUCAAGAUGAAUUGUCAGAGCACCUCGAGAGUGUUCGUAGGGAAAACAAACAACUUGCUCAGGAAGUGAAAGAUCUUGCUGAUCAGCUUGGUGAAGGAGGACGCUCCGUUCAUGAACUACAGAAAAUGGUUCGCCGCCUAGAAGUGGAGAAGGAAGAACUGCAGAAAGCUUUGGACGAGGCCGAAGCCGCACUUGAAGCUGAAGAAGCUAAAGUACUCCGCGCUCAAGUUGAAGUGUCGCAAAUCCGUUCGGAAAUCGAGAAACGCAUACAGGAGAAGGAGGAAGAGUUCGAGAACACUCGUAAGAAUCAUCAACGCGCACUGGAGAGCAUGCAGGCCACUCUUGAAGCCGAAACAAAACAGAAAGAUGAGGCCUUACGCAUCAAGAAGAAGCUCGAAGCUGACAUUAACGAGCUCGAAAUCGCACUAGAUCAUGCGAAUCGUGCCAAUGCCGACGCACAGAAGACCAUAAAGAAGUACAUGGAGAAUGUGCGUGAAUUGCAGUUGCAAGUGGAAGAUGAACAGCGACAAAAGGAUGAGAUCAGGGAACAAUUCCUGAACUCAGAAAAACGUAACGCAAUUCUUCAGAGCGAAAAGGAAGAACUUUCACAAAUGGCGGAAUCGGCAGAACGAGCACGACGAAAUGCCGAGACAGAGUGCAUCGAACUACGGGAACACAACAACGACCUGUCCUCUCAACUGAACGGCAUCACCGCUGUAAAGAGGAAGCUCGAAGGAGAGCUGCAGGCCAUGCACGCUGAACUCGACGAAACCCUUGCUGAGUUAAAGAACCUCGAUGAAAUGGGAAAGAAGGCUGCUGCCGACGCUGCACGUCUAGCUGAAGAACUUCGUCAGGAACAAGAGCAUAGCAUGCACACCGAACGCGUUCGCAAGGGUCUUGAGGUCCAGAUCAAAGAGAUGCAGAUUCGCCUCGACGAAGCUGAGGCAGCGGCACUCAAGGGUGGGAAGAAAAUUAUCGCCCAACUGGAGCAGCGAAUUCGUAAUCUCGAACAGGAACUGGAUGGAGAACAGAGACGCCACCAAGAAACCGACAAGAACUGGCGCAAAUCGGAACGUCGCGUGAAAGAGGUUGAAUUCCAACUGGAGGAAGACAAGAAGAACCAAGAACGACUCACCGAGCUCAUCGAUAAACUACAGAAUAAGCUAAAAGUGUUCAAACGACAAGUUGAAGAGGCGGAAGAAGUCGCCGCUACCAACCUCGGCAAGUAUCGUCAGCUACAGGCACAACUCAACGACGCCGAAGAACGCGCCGACAUCGCCGAGAACGCAUUGAGCAAAAUGCGCAACAAGGCAAUUUUUCCUAUUUCUAGGACAUUACAAUGUUCGCUUUUUAACUGGAGAAACAGGUGGGGUGUAAAGAUCCGUGCCUCAGCUUCCGUCGGACCCAACGGCCCCGGUGGCUUGAUGCAAUCAGCCAGCUCAGCUGUGUUGCGAAGCACUUCGUUCGCUAGAGGUGGAGAAUUCUAA